CGUGAUAACCCCACCUCCGAAAAUCACUGCAUCAGAGGCGUUGCAGGACCGGGCACUUACUUAGUCCUGUCUGCAUUCUUUUCAGGUGCAACCUCUGAGGGAGACGCGAGUCUUCAGUGCUCCAAAUUUGGUUCCACGGUGAGCGUGUGUACCAAGAGGUUCGUCAUCGGUGUGGUUGGUGGCUCCGUGCUCUUGCCAUGCACCUUCUUGCUUCGUUCUCCCUCGAGCCAAGUCAGCGUGGAGUGGAGACUCAGCGAGGUCAAUAAGGGAGCAGUCAUAUUCAACAGUUCGAAUAACAAUUACACCGACGACAAUUUUAGGGAUCGACUCAGACUGCUGGGAGACCCAGGCAAGGGUGAUGCAAGCAUCCUCAUCGUCAACCUGAAACAUACGGACAUAAACACCUACUUCUGCCGAAUCAAAGAGUGGGAAAUGAGCGAACAAAGAAUCAAAGAAUAUAUUUACUAUGGUCAUCAUGGAACCCGCCUGCUCGUCAAAGGUACGUGUCGUCUCGGUAUUGAGAUCCGGUUCAGGUCCUCUGAGGGAGACGAGAGUCUUCAGUGCUCCAACUUCAGCGACAUGGCGAGUGUGUGCACCGAGAUGAUCGUCAAGGGCGUGAUAGUGAUAAUGAUAGGGGUAGUGAUAGUGGUAGUUAUAAUGAUAGGGGUAGUGAAAGUGAUAGUGAUAAUGAUAUGGGUAGUUAUAAUGAUAGCGGCAGUGAUAGUGAUAAUGAUAGGGGUAGUGAUAGUGGUAGUUAUAAUGAUAGGGGUAGUGAAAGUGAUAGUGAUAAUGAUAGGGGUAGUUAUAAUG